GUGCGUGUAUUUUUUAGAGUUGAGUUGUUUCUAAGAUGGCGACGAAAAAAACGCGUCUUCUUAUGUGAAAAAUGCAAUCAUAACAACUCGAGUUUUUAGCUAAUAAAUGUGCGCUAAUUUGAAACAGAACCAUUGAAAAACAGUGCUAAGCGUGUGCCGAGUGUUUUACAUGUGAAAGUUUUGGUGCGAAAGCGUAGUGAAAAUGGCCACAAAUAUGUAUCGAGUCGGAGACUAUGUUUACGUUGAGACAACGCCGAACAGUCCCUACUUAAUACGACGCAUUGAGGAGCUGAAUAAAAACCCAAAUGGCAAUGUUGAGGCGAAGGUCAUGUGCUUCUACCGCCGGCGGGAUCUUCCCAAUCCGCUCGUGCAAUUGGCCGACAAACAUCAACUUGCCACUGCCGAGGACUCACCGCUGGCCACAAAGCUCAAGAAGACAUGGCUCCGCACACCCGUUGGCGAGGAGCAGGCAGCGCAGGCUGUGCUCGACCCCUCAAUAGCUGCCCUGGAUGAGGAGCGCACCAGUCCAAUGCAAGCGUCCGGCGGAGGAGGCUCGACGAGCGGCAACUCCGGCAGCAACAGCAGCGGCAGUGCCAACAACAGCAGCAGCACUGCCAGUGGCGGAGGAGCAAGUGGCGCCGGGGGAGCUGCCGGCGAUGCGGAGAAGGGGGAGGCGCUGACCAGCAAGCAGCGGUACCAAAUCAAGCACCGCGAGCUGUUCCUGUCACGCCAAGUCGAGUCGAUACCCGCCACACAGAUUCGAGGCAAGUGCUCGGUGACGCUGCUCAACGAGACGGAGUCCCUGCAGAGCUAUCUCAAUAAAGACGACACAUUCUUCUACUGUUUGGUGUUCGAUCCGAAUCAGAAAACGCUGCUUGCCGAUAAGGGCGAGAUCCGGGUCGGCAGUCGCUACCAGUGUGAUAUACCCGCCAAGCUCAAGGACACCGCCACGGACGACCGGAAGCUGGAGGAAUUGGAGUCGCUGGUGUGGACACCAGAGCACAGCCUGACCGACCGCAAGAUCGACCAGUUCCUCGUCGUUUCGCGCUCCAUCGGCACGUUCGCCCGCGCCCUCGACUGCAGCAGUUCUGUGAAGCAGCCCUCGCUACACAUGUCGGCUGCGGCGGCCAGUAGGGACAUCACCCUGUUUCACGCAAUGAACAUUCUGCACAAGCACGACUACUCGAUCGAGGAGUCCAUGUCGUCGCUAGUUCCUUCCACUGGGCCAGUGCUCUGUCGCGAUGAAAUCGAGGACUGGAGCGCAUCGGAGGCGAACCUCUUCGAAGAGGCGCUGGACAAAUAUGGCAAAGACUUUAACGACAUUCGACAAGAUUUUCUGCCUUGGAAAACGCUGAAGCAAAUAAUCGAGUACUACUACAUGUGGAAGACCACCGAUCGCUAUGUGCAGCAGAAGCGCGUGAAGGCCGUGGAGGCGGAGCUGAAGCUUAAGCAGGUCUACAUACCGCAAUAUAACAACAACGGCAAGGGCAACGGAGGGUCCGUUAAGGCCAGUGGAGGAAUCUACAAUGGAACGACAAACGGGAGCACCGAUCUCUCGAACAACGGCAAGCCCUGCGAAUCGUGCGGAGCAACUAAAUCAUCACAGUGGAACACGGUAAACAGUGGGCACAGUACGUGUCGUCUGUGCCAAAGCUGCUGGGAGUACUGGCGAAGGUACGGCAGUAUGAAGUCGGCGACCAAAGGCGAUGGCAGCGAUAGCGAGGCCAAGAAGAAGGCUUCUGCGUCGACGCCGUCAGCCACGUCAGCAGGAACAGGAUCUGCCACAACGCCCACGGCGGUGGUCGAUCUCAACGACGACGACAAAAUCAGUGAUCUAACCAAUCGUCAGUUGCACAGAUGUUCUAUUGUCAAUUGCGGAAAGGAGUUUAAGCUCAAGACCCACCUGGCCCGCCAUUAUGCGCAAGCGCACGGCAUAGCCAUCAGCUCCGGAUCGCCGCGGCCCAUUAUGAAGACGCGCACCGCCUUCUACUUGCACACCAAUCCCAUGACCCGUGUGGCUCGCGCCAUUUGCCGCAGCAUUGUAAAGCCGAAGAAGGCGGCGCGGCAGAGCGCAUACGCCAUCAACGCGUUGCUGGUGAAACAAGAAUUUACGAAUCGUAUUAGUGGAAAAUCGCAGGCGGAAAUCAAAAAGCUGCUCUUGCUGAAACCCAAGGAUCGAGGCAGUGUCACCAAGAUUGCCAAUCGCUUGGGAGCGCCGGGCAGCGGACCACAUGAAUGGCUCAUACUGACGCCCAAGGACAAAAUGCCGCUGCCGGCUGUCGUCUCGUUCCCCAAACCCCCGAAGGCGGCCGACGGCAGCCUUGUCUACGACCGAGUGCCCAACAAGUCCCCUGACGUUGUGGCCGUGCCGGCUGAAAAGGAGCUAACUAUAAUUCCAACCCAGGCCACGUCUACGAUACGAAAGCGGGUGCACGAGGAGCAGCAGCUGAAUGGCACUGAAGUUACUAUAGUUCCCAGCGGACCUCCUGCCAAGCGACCCAAUAAGGAUCCCAUGCCCUCGCAUUGUCCCAGUCCCGAGCAGUUUGCGGCCAUGAUGGCGGCAUCAGGUCAGCCCCUCUCCAGGCAUCAUCUUAACGGCAAACAGAAGAUUGCGCAGAUGGCCCGUGGUGGCAAUGGGCGCAAGCAGGUCAUCAGUUGGAUGGAUGCACCGGAUGAUGUUUACUUUAGGGCCAACGAGACACACAAAAAAACGCGAAAAAUACUCUCCGCCGUAGAUCUGCGCCGCGCGGCGCGUAAGCCAUGGCGCACACUGCCCAUCAAGCCUACCAAGCCCGAGCCGAGUAGCAAGCCCAUUGAAUCACAAAUCGUCAUACUGGACUGACCGUCGCCGGCAAACACAUUAGCAACAUCCGCAGCAUCGGCAACCAAGUUGUUAUCGUCUUCAGUAAACCGAUUUGAGCAGCAACAUCCUCCAUUUCCAUACACCAUGGAUGCACUGCUUAACUAGUGAGCAUUCUCUGGUUUUACGGGCUUGCCAUGUACAUACCCCGCAUCAAGAACCACACGUGCGUGUGACAGGCAUUCGACUUAGGAUCAGUGUAGUUACAGCAUCACUGUAUGACAACAGCGACCGAUAGCAAACACAAAACAACCACUUUAUUAGCGCUUAAAUAGAUGUCUUUUUAAAAACAAAUAGUAAGAUAGUAAGUGUUAAGGUCUGUAGUAGCAGUAACAGAACGCAAAAACAACAAAAUAUUUAUAAAUAUUUUAUAUAUUUUUUUAAAUUUUUAAUCUCAAAACACCGAACGCAAAUACACGUACUGACUGCACUUUCGCUUUGAAAGUGUAGGCUUCAAAGCAUGAAACUCAAAUGUUGGUUUUUUUUAGUACUCAAGGAACUCAUUGAUUUUUUUGAAAUAUAUGUCCAAAUAUCACAAAAUAUAUUUUCUGUACUACUUUCAAAUUUGCGCUAAAAGUUCCACGAUUAAUUUCCUAAUCCUAAUCCUAGCUAAGAACAAGAUACGUAAUUAUUGAAAGGCCUCCGUAAGUUUUAAAUACGUUUCAGUCCAGAUUUGAAUUAAAUGCAUAUAUAAAGCCGAUAGAUAUAUUUGGAAUCGUUUAAUGCUUAAAACUGAGAGAGGAGAAAUUUAACAUUGUUAAUAAACGUGACGUGCAAAAUUAAUUCAAGAAAGCGCAUAAAUUAUGCUGUAACUAAAAACACAAAAUUUCAAAAACAAAUUGUACAGUAAAUGCUAAAACGUUAAAAUUCGAAUAAAAUGUAUUUUCAUAAUUUAUGUAAACAAACGAAAGUUCGGUCAUUAAAUAAGCUAUCACAAACACGCCUACACAC